GAAAUGAAGUAUUAUAUCCUCUUUCAGUGGAAUCAUUCAAUCAAAGAUCAUUAUGAGGGCUAUCUUCCUUCUCGCUGUUGUUGUCUUAGCAGUCUCUGCCGAAAGAUGUAGAGACACGGGUGACUGCACAGCCACAACAUGUGGUGGUGGCUCCACGCUUCACUGCAUCAGAGAUCAGUGCACAUGUACCACAGCAGCAGGUGGCGAUGGAGCUUGCACUAUGGCCAGCGACUGUGGCGGACGAUGUGACCACGGACGUGAACACCACUGCAUUGAUGGCCAGUGCAGAUGUACCCACUUUUAGAUAAAUAUGCAAAAUGUA